AUGGCUCCAGGAGCAACCAUAAUCAACCCCAGCCCCGAUACUGCUACCUCCAACCCCGACGAUAAGCCCCAUCUAUAUCAAAACUUGAACGAAAAAUCUCUACAAGAAAAGACAUCGAAAUACCUCCUCAAAUACGGCACCCAAUUCAACAAAGAUGUCAUCACGGGCAGCAAAGGCCUGUACGUAUACACAGCCUCUGGCCACAAAAUCCUAGACUGGACCUCCGGCCAAAUGUCCUGCCUGCUAGGCCACGGCCACCCCGAGAUUGUCAAAGUGAUCUCCGAUCAUGCAGCCUCCCUCGACCAUCUCUUCUCGGGGAUGGUGUCGCCCCCGGUGAUCAGUCUGGGCGAGCGACUCUGUACCCUCCUCCCGCCUGGCUUGGACAAGGCGUUCUUCCUAUCGACUGGCGGCGAGAGCAACGAGGCCGCGAUUAAAAUGGCGAAGGUGUAUACCGGGAGAUUCGAGAUCGUAGGCCUCGGCGCGAGCUGGCACGGCGUCACUGCGCAGGCGCUCGGAGCGCAGUACCACUUUGUCUUCGGGGGGAUGCAUGUGCUGCCCCCGGGGUAUCUGGCUGCGCUGAAGAAGCAGUGCGAGAAACGGGGCAUGCUUCUUAUUGUUGACGAGGCUCAGACGGGGGUGGGGCGCUGUGGAGAUCUCAUGGCGAUUAAUCAUGAGAACGUCGUGCCGGAUAUUCUGACGCUGAGCAAGACUUUGGGGAACGGGUUGCCCUUGAGCGCCGUGGUGACGAGCGCGGAAAUCGACUCCGUGUGUGCAGAGCGCGAUUUCUGCUUCUAUACUACCCAUGUGAACGAUCCGUUGCCUGCGGCUGUGGGAGACAAGGUUCUUGAGAUUGUGGUCCGGGAUAACUUGGUCGAACACUCUCGUGCGAUGGGCCGCGUUCUUCAUGAUGGGCUGAACAAGUUGAAGGAGAAGUAUGGCUGUAUAGGCGACGUGCGAGGACGCGGCCUCAUGGCAGGCGUCGAAAUCGUCCAGGAUCGUGCGACGAAGACUCCCGCACUGGAGCUGGGCAGGGCGAUUGGUGAUCGUGCCUAUGAACUGGGUCUAUGGGCGAAUCUCAGCAGUCACCCCAGCUUUGGAGGAGUGUUUAGAAUUGCACCUCCUAUCACUAUCACCGAGGAUCAGUUGCGGCAUGGUCUGGAAAUCUUGGGUAAGGCCUUUGAAACUACAACGGGGACAAUUCCACUCUAG